GUUGAGAUGGGAGGAGAUGUCUCGACAAAGAAGUUCGGAUCCUGAGAAUUGCGUAUGUGUGAAGUUGAUUUCGCCAGGAAGAAGAAGAAAAAAAGAAGGUCGCAGCUCAUCCCUCGCAGAGCGCAUGUCUGUGCCAUCUGGGACUGACCUCGCACCCUCCCGCUCCGUGUCACAACUUGUUAAAAUUUCUACCGCUGGAGAUAAGCAGUCUCCAAAGAAUCGGUAUUUUAAAACACUCUACCCCUUUUUUUGACCGCUUGAACAAAUAGGGGCCGAUUCUUAAGCCCCCUCCCUUGCUUUUGAUAUCCACAGUCAAGCCAACAGCUUACAAACCAGACCAACAGCGGCUGAAGGAAAUCUUUUCCAUAAGGUUCUGUUUAUUUGUGCGUAAAUUUGGCAAACAGUGUUGAGACCGACUAUCUCAUGGGCUGAUCGUUUGUGGAGCAGCUGCGCCCUUGUCUGAGUGUCCAAACCUUCUUAGAGCUGUGGAGGUUCAUCUGCAGUCAGAGCAGCGGCAGUUGUUUUAAUUUGUUGCAAGUCUAAUUGAGGAUUUUACGUAACCUGCGCAAGUAACAGGUAGAAUUUACACUUGAAAGCGCGUAAUCACUUAGGGUAGCGUUUUACCAGACUAGAAAACGUCGAGUUUUCCAUCAAAUUUUCCUUGAAUUACACCUAACAAAGUGAAACGCCUGUGUUCUUGCUGGAAGGUGGGCGUUAGUUGCUUUUGCGAAGGAAAUGUGACUUUUUUUCUGAGCGCGAUCAGACCGGCAGGUAUCCAGCGGCGCGUCGUCUGGGUGAGGGGGGCUCGUUUCAGCACCACGGACAGGUCCUGGCACGCUGUGCAAACUUCAGGGAAACGACCACUCGCCUCUUUGCUUCAUUCAUUCAUUCAUUCAUUCAGCCACAGCUCCACCGUAGUUCACAGCCUCGCUGGCGCCUUUACGCUAAAAAAAGUGUAAGAGUGUUGCUGAGGAUAUGUGUUGCCUCCAUACAUCGCACGGCAGCGUUGCAAAUUGAGGAUCCCCGCACAGGUAAGAGAUGCUGUGUGUUUUUGUCUGAACUGAUGUGAGCUUUGUGCGGCUGAAGGUACAUUUAAGAGAAGUUCUGUGAUGGUGAUGAUAUAGUUGUGGUCGUCUCUAUAAUGAUUUCGACUGAAGAGUUGUGUCCCAUUACUAUGAUUUCCGACUAAAUGAAGGGAAAGAUCAGUGCGUAAUUUCCAAUGAUCUUGCGAUAAUCGGUCUGUUUCUGCUUUAAUCGGCUGUAGAAUCGUUUGUCAAAUGUUGAGCAUCUUUUCUUUCUUUUAUCUCCACAUCUGUGGCCACAGCCUCAUCUUCACAUGUGCGAGGCUGCUGACAAACUACCUAAGAGGCGCUGCAGAAGCUCCAUAACAAUCGCCAUGUCUCCAAUCACCCUUAUUUGGAUUAUGCCUUUGUGUGAUUGUGAAAAAUAGAAGUGAGGGGGGAAAGCCAAAAAGUCUAUUUAAAAGUAGUCAAAAAUAAAUGUGUCGUUCAUGAGUAAAAAGGUGUGGAGAAGGAGAAGAAUCCUCUCUUUUGGUUUCUAAUCUUGGGCUAAUUCCUUAACAGGUUGUUCUUCCCAGAGGAGAGUUGUCUAUUAUAAUUAUUAUGUUCCCCUCUUAACAUACUAUAAUACUCCAAUGUGGUCUCAUCAGUGCAGAUAAACAUCAUACUGAAUAAACUGUGAUAUAAUGCUUGUGUGGGUAAGGUGAAAGGAUUGCCAACUGCUUAAAUAGACAAGAGUUUAAAAUACAUUUUUAAACACAGGAGGAAUAUAAAUGAGUACCUCAGGGUGUAAAUAUUUAGAGGCGGCGUGGUUAAUAGUGGACAAAGUCAUUAUGAAGGAAGCAAAAUGUACUGUAGAUGCUUCCUGCAGUCCCAGGGGCUUCUGUGCUGCAUGUUCAGCAGAUAAAACACAAAAGGAAACCCCUUCAGCCUGCUGAAGACUCCCUUCACUGAACACACAGAUUCAAAGCACAGGAGUGGUAGAUGACAUUGUACCUGACCGUCAUGCAUGUUUUUUAAAGUAAAGAUCAGCAUAUUUGGAAAUCUUCUUGCUGUAAAGAUGAGAUUCAGAAAUAAUCAGGGGUUGUAGCUAAGGAUGAGGAUUACUGUAAAUUAUUCAGCUCAUGGCUGACUGAGGAGACCACCCUCGAUCAUCAGCAUCUGAAUCCGGAAGCCAAAAGUAUCAGGAGGAGGUGAAGCUGUCUGACCUGUGCUCUACCUCCUCCCUCAGUCCUGACAGCAGUCUGCCUCCCCAGUUACUUUUGAGUUGAUGCAACAAGGACUCAAUGCAACAGAGAUUCCUGUUAAUUACUAUCAAGAUGAGAGUGUCGGCAAGAAUAGUUCUAAAAGACAACUUAACUGCAUGACUCAAUCUCAUUGAUACAGACAUUUCUGCAUUUCUGCACGCUUGUUAAAAACUGAAAAGAGUCCAAAUUUUCUGCUGAUAUUGGUGGUCUACACAGCUCCUGUCCACCACUCACAUGCAAACUGGGAUACAGUAGUUUUCCUCUUUGCUCUACUUUCAGACUGUAGUUUUAAGUAAGAGACAUCUGCCUUGUUACUUUAUCCUCCGUAUGAUGGAGCCUCUUUGUAUUAGCCACCAGCUCUUAGUGAUUAAAUACCUGAAGGAUGAAUCACUCUGCUCCUAUCAAAAAGGGACAGCUUAAUAGCUUACUCUGCCUUAUGGUCAUGCACACACAUAAUCACACAUGUGCAGGUGAGGUCUGUAAGCACCUUCUGCAUAAAGCCUGGUCUGUGCUUCUAGUGCCAGUAACAUCUGUCACAUGGAAUAUGUACUGUGCCACUGCAUUAAAGUAAAAAAAAAAAAAAAAAGUAGGGUUUUUGUUUUAUGCUGUUUUGUAUUCAGUGAGCUGAUAGUACACCUGCACUGGUGUUAAAAGAACACAGUUCUCAGCACAAUUUUUUGUGGCAGAGACACAAAAAGAAAAAGGUUAGAAAUGACAGGAAACAUACUUCCUUCAGAUGGCCACAAUAAAUAGAAAAUUAGUUUGCAGAAAAUGCUGUAGGUGUUUUUCCAAUGAAUUUAGUGUUAGCUCAAACAUAUACCUUCACCAAGUCUGCAGUCUGCCAUUCCCCAGGAUGAAGCCCUGCAAAAUCAUAUUUUAAUCCUACAUUAAACUUUGAAAAGGUGUUGUAGCAUCAGUAGAUUGAAGCCCAUAUAGACAUGUUUAAGCAGAGUAUUUUAAGUAAAGCAUAAAGAAGUUCCCUAUUAAUUAAAGAUGUGUGCUUGAAUCUCAGACUGAAAUUAACAGCUGCACUGACUGCAAAUGACUCACUCCUGUUUUACAUUCCUGGUGUAUGUGUGAAAGGCUCCUAGGUGAGUCCUGGGUCAGAUGCAUCAAUAAUUGAAGCUGUGAGUAAAGAUGAACUGAUGUUGAUUUCUUCUGCUUACUUCUCCCUCAUGAUGAGUCCUGAAAUUCUCAUUAUACCGUACCGAUCAACUCAGCACAGCCCAAGCUGUUUCUACUUCGAACAAGUCACAUGGAGCUGAAAGUAACCGUCUCAUACUCAGAAAAACUGAUUCAAGCUGACCCUAUGAGUCAGAGAAUAUUGAAAGGUUACUUCAACUGUCUGUUGUUUUCAGACAAAAAAACAUCCAUGUAUUAAAGCAGCAGUUCGCUUUUUUUUUAACAAGGUGUCUUAAAUUAGGCAAUAACUUGAUGCAACUGUUAUAUAUCUUCAGAGCAGGUCAGGCAGAUUAAAUUCUGGUAGUGUCAUCACUUUGGCUGCUUAAAUGCAUGGGGUGUCAAAAGAAAUGGUGAGGGACGUUAACACCUCCUAACUGAAAUCUGAUUGGUCAUCCCAAGUUUCACCUGAAAUCCUAUUCAGACAGUCUCAUCCUAUUCGGCUGUUGAUAUUUAAAUAUUGCGCCAAGUCCUUUAUUGAUAUUUGUGACUUGUUAAUUGAUAUUUUUUUACUGAUCUUAUUUAGAAGAAUAAAUAUGUCUGAUUAAUUCAAUAAGUAAAUGUAUUUAAAAUGGACUUCAAGAAACUAAAAUGUGGGUCUGUGUCAGUCCUCAAGAAUAAGGAGCAGUAGAUUUAUAUGCUGCAUGUUGCACGUCUACAGUGUUUGACUGAUUUUACACAGGAAUACAUCAUUUGUAUGUUAUUUAAACAAUAAGUUGUUGGAGUGGAUAUGUGUAACAGAAAGGGUGAAUAAAUGUCAUUCAUAGAUGAGUAUGUACAUAGUUACAUGCGUAGACUGUAUAUACUAUGGACGGCUUGGUUCCGCUUUCUGCCGAUUUGAAGCCAAAAAGCCCACGGUAAUUCUGCAAUUUUUCUCCACUUCCUGAAACCAACAUUGCGCAGUAGCGUUGUAUGCAUUUGGUGGGAGAGUCGCUGAGAGUCGCUGUGAUGACACUUGUAGCCCCUGGUGAGCUAUGCAAUCUUCGUACGCCCAUAAGCUGUAUCAAGUAUCAAUCAUCGAAAACAUGAAUCCCCUCAUAACUUUUAAAUAUGGAGCUGUACAGAAAAAAAGAGGACUUGAGCACAAACCAGUCAACAACAACAAAAAAGUUUGCGCACACCCCACCUCUGUUAAAAUCAUAGAACAUAGAAGCAGAGCUUAUAGAGAAGUCUGCAAAUAACCUGCAGUGUUGGUAUCAGAAUUAAGAAUUUCUUUUCUUUAUGAGCAAGGGCAUUCCUCUGUACCCACUUAACCCGUUAAGCGCCCGUUAUUCUGCCAGAGUCUCUGGUAUUUACUUCAUUUUCUUGCUUGUGUUGGCAGUCGUGGCCAAAGAAGGAUUCAAAUCAUUUUCUGUACUUUUUGGUUGGUUUCUACUGUCUGAUAUUGUAGCACACUAACUUUGUUUGGGCUCGUGAACUACAUGGGGAGCAGUGUUCGCCAAUCAGGUUGGGGUAGGCAGAGAAUGGUUUUGUUUACAGUCAGAAAGAGCGGUGCGCUCAAAAAAUUUAAAAUGUUGACCACACAGACAUAACAAAACACAGCGAUAUCGUUAUAUUCCCAAAGGUCAUCAAUAACUGAUAGCUAUUGACUGAUAUUAAAAGCUUUUUUGUAUAAACACCACAAAAAAGAUGCUUCUUUAAUAGAUUCCUGCCCAUCCCACCUUUAAGAAAAACAUCUAUAAAAUACAUCAGUGUAAUCUUGCAUGAUGCUUUCCCCCAAAAUAUCACAUAUCAAAACAUUAAAACUGGUCUCAUUGAACAUUAUAGCUCCGGCCAAAACCAAUUUCCAAAAAAUUGCACCACCUACUUUAAAUCAAUUCAUUCUGCUUCAGGAUAUUUCAUAUUAUUUUUUUAAUUUAAAAGAGGAUGCAAUUUAAAAAACAUGAAAAACUCAAACCUCGCUCUAGUGUCACCACAGAUAAGAUGACAUGACUUUAAUUUCCUUACUAAUAUCAAUUGUCAGUCAAAGAGAAGUCCUAAUGGGUUUUUGAAACACUGUGGUAUUUCGGGUUCCUUUAUUCUCUUUCCAGUGUAACGGUGUGAUGAUGAAUAAUGCAAAGAUACAAUAAAGAGCUCUGAAACAAAAGCACCACACAUCCAUCACCAUGUUCUGGCCAAUCAUAGGCCUAGUAGUAAUGAUCUCUGAGAGACAAAGACAGAGGAUCAAUGUUUGAUGAGCGAGGCAGAAUGAGGCUCCUGGGAGGAGAAGGGACAUGCAAGGGAUUCCCCCUUAUACAGGUGGAGCGAGAGAGAGGGAGAGGAGGAAAAGAGAGGAAGAGGAAGAGAUGGAUGGGGGGGAGGUGUGGUUCAGUCAGCUUGAAAAAUGUGGUUGGCGUUUGUGAAGAAGAAGAAGAAGAAGAUGCAUAAAAGCAUAUGGAGAAUGAGGUAGACUGUGUGAUAAUCAGGACUGAAUAUGAGGUUAGUUUACAUCAACUUUGUGAUUGUUAAAAGUUGCCUCUUCGUCACAGAGAGUCUCUGCAUUGAUCCAUGCCUCCUUUGAUUGCCGUGGCUGCUACUCAAACAUGGAGUGAGAGCUUCUCCUCACUUUUUAAUUGCUAAUUGCAUCAGUGACCUUAUCAGGAAAGGUUAGGAGUCCUGUGUUUGAGAGAAAUUGUUUCCCACCUUCAGUUUGUAUGAUAUUGAUUUACUCUCUUUGCAACAUUAAUUAAACUGGGUUUAAAUGUUCUGUUCAUUCUGAGCGCUGUUCAGAAAGUAAGCAUGUUAAAUAUUCUGAAAAUCCCAUAACUAACACAAAUGUAUUCCAUAGUUACGCUGGAUUAAGCUGUUAAUCUUACAGACAUGAACGAUACAGCUUUAUGUAACCAUGUUUGCAUCUGUCUGAAUGAGUUAAUACGGCUGAUUCUGCAGGGAUGACGAGAGGAAAUAUUUCUAAUAGGUGGAAACGGAUUCAGUGCUGCGAUUGUUUGUCAGGUUCCUCAGAAAAUGGAUGGAUUGUGAAUCCUAAUUGACAAACCUCGAAAGGCUCAAAGGGGGAGUAUUACACUCAUUUUUAGCUUUAUACUAUCCCCCUGAUAGCUUCUCAACUGGUUCUUUACAUAUUUCAAUCUCUGUCUAGAAUGCUUCAUGUAAACCAGUAUCCCUUUAAGCCCCGCCCCCUCCAACCCCAGCAUUCCACACCCCAACAUUCCAGAAGCCUCCUUCACUGUUGCCAAAUGAAAAAAAAAAAUCACACAGUAGUGGUUAGGUAUAUGCAUCAGAUGUAGCUACUCAAAUCAGCACUUAGCUCACAAUAAGAAGAGGAGUGUAUUGUGGGUAACUGUCACAAAGCUUGAAGAGACGCUAAUAAAACACUUGCAAAAUUUGAAUCAUUGUCUGUUUUCUCUAUCUAUAAUUCUCCCUAUUCGUUCUUAUUAAUGAUAUAAUUAUUCUUUCACUGAUUACCAAUUACUAAUUCUAGCAGUUGAUUAAAAUGAGUACAAUAUGGUGCUCUAAUGAAUAUUCAUAAAACCACCUUAGUGUUUGUCAGAUCAAAUAAAAAGAAUAAAAAAUGACAUUUUCAAGGUAAAAGGGGAUAUGCCACCUUGUACAAUGGUACGAUAAAUGGAUCUUUUUUAAAGUUUAAUUGGUUUGGCUUUUGUGUCUUAUUUACAGGAAAGUAUAGCUAGAAAUAGGUAAUAUAAUGGGGUAUGACAUGUGGAAAAGGUCUGCAGGUUGGAUUUGAAUCCAGAAAAUCAAUUUCCAGGACAAUAGCCUCUAUGCACUAGCUCCCCUAACUAAUUUUUUUUUUUUUUUUCAUGUUAAAAACAAAGUUUGUGGCAACAAACUUAUUUAGUUAUGGAAAAAAAAAACAAUAUUGGGUACAUAUAGUAAAAAAAAUAAUUAUUUUUUUUAACUUUGAUCUUGUGAUGAGAAAAUAGCUUCUCUAAGUCUUUUCUUGUGAGGAAAAUUAAGAAAUCCAAUCAGGUAUCAAAUCCAUUUAAAAGGGAACUAUUGCAGAGUUUCAUUUGUUGCAGGUGUUUCAGGCAAUUGAGCUCCAUACAUUGUUUAUGCCUAGCAUGAGUUGUGUGUGUACUCUUGAGUCUUCUUUCCCAUUAACAGACCAUUUUCAGUCUCCCACCCACCCAGGACCACUUUCUUUGUCAGCUGGAAAUGUGAUUUUAGGGAAGCCUGACUCCCAUUACCUGAGCUUCCUCUUAGCCAGCCUCCCAGUCAUUCCACAGGGAAUCUCCAACCUGCUCAGCCGGGCUCAGGGCUGCAUAUACAGUAGAUGACCUCCACUCUUCAACACUUGCUAUUGCCUGGGGGGAUUUUACCAUAUUAAUGCUGCACUCCACUCCUGGGGCAAAUGAGUGUUAUAAAAAAUCAGCCUGGAUAGCAUCUUUCUCAAUCCUUGCUGUUAUCCCUCUUUCACUUACUGCCCACGCUGCCAUCCUCUCUGCUUUUUGUUCCUGCCCUCUUGCAUCUGCCAUCUUCUUCUUCCUCUUCUUCUUCUUUUUUUUCCCUUCAGCCCCCACCCACUCCUCCCAUUCCUUCACACAGUCUGGUGUAGAGUGUGUAAGAGGCUGGCUGGCUUUACACUCUUGAAUUAAAAAGGCCAUCUGGUAAAGAGUGAAACAGAGAUGGCUGCAUAGGAGGAGAGAAGGAAAAUGAGAGGCAGAGCUUGUCUCUGAAGUUAACACACAGACAGUACCACAUGUGAGAGAUGGCAUCUUAAGUGUAAAUACUAAUCCUAGCAUCAGUGGUUUACACAAACACACAGAGUUUUUGACAGCAUUAUCACAGUCUAGUGUCAAAGAUGGAAAUGUAGAUGAGCUCUAGUCUUCUUUUUUUUUUUAUUACUACAUUAUGUUUAUAAUUUUAUACCUGUAGGUAUUGUCCCCGUCAAAUAAACUUACAGUUAUAUAAUUUAAAAAAAAGUGGUGAUAAAUGAGUUUAAAAAGUGCUUUUAAAUUUACAUUGAUGGCUUCAGACUUCAGAAAACCAAAGAAAUAUUUCAUUUUCUGGAAAUGACAAUAUGAUUUUUGAGUAUGAAUUCCCACUUAAAGCUCCUGUAGAGAGUUUUUUGACAUUUGUUCCCAAAAAAAGAGACUUUUGUUGGAGACUAUUGAGGCUUGUAUAGGGCAAGACAAGCCACAACUGUCUUGCCCACAGGGGGUGCCAAAGUUGACACUAAUUGAAAGUUCCUCACAGGAACUUCAGAUGUCUCAAACCAUUUUGAUAGAAAAAAAAUGUGAUAAAAGAAACUAUAGCUAUCCACAUGGAGAUGGAUAGCUAGCUUGUAUAUUUUAACGUAACUCUUAGUUAAAGGUGGGGUAGGCAGGAAUCUGUUAAAGAAGCAUCUUUUUGUGGUGUAUACACAAAAAAGCUUUAAAUAUCAGUCAAUGGCUAUUAGUUAUUGAUGACAUUUGGUAAUAUAAUGAUAUCGCUGUGUUUUGUUAUGUCUGUGUGGUCAACAUUUUGAGCGUCCCACUCUUUCUGACUGUAAACAAAGCCAUUCUCUGCCUCCCCCAACCUGAUUGGUUGUGAGGCAGAUGUGCUCCCUGUGUCAUUCAUGAGCCCAAACAAAGUUAGUGUGCUACAAUAUCAGACAGUAGAAACCAACCAGAAAGUACAGAAAAUUUUCUGAAUCCUCUUUUAGCCACGACUGCCAACACAAGCAAGAAAAUGAACUAAAUACAGGAGACCCUGGCGGAAUAAUGGGCGCUUAAAAAGGAGGGGAGAGGAGGAGCUGAGGGAAAAACUGGUUGGGAGGGGUAGAGUUUACAUUCAAGAUUUCUCCCCAAAACUGUCACUUCUUCAGAUCCUGCCUACCCCACCUUUAAUCAAGGCAAGAUGAUGCAAACUAAGAAAAGCUGAGGCAAGUAAAUGCAUGAAAUGCAUGUUACAGCUUAAAGGCAAUUUUAAGUGCUUUCCACACUGACAUCAAAAGAAUCAUGAGAAAGGUCAGGGAAAAAAAUGAAAAAAGACAUCAACAAGUCAUUUAAAGAAGAUAUUUAAAAGUUACAGAAGCUGUUAAAACAAAGAUCAUGAUAAAAUUAAAAAAACAGAAGGUUCAAGUGUGAUAAAGUUUUCAAAUACAAGCCUAAAAGUUACAGAAAAGUGUUGUUUAACAUGAGAAUUUUUCCUGAAAUUCAAAUUACAGUUUAGAGUUAAGUCUUUCAACUUAACUGUAUUUGUUACAUUUGUCAGAAGGCAUGUACUGCUUUUCAAAAUUGCAGUAUGUAUGAACUUUUCCUGCCUGCAUCAUGUUAGUAAAAGUGUAAAAAAUGGUUUUCCCAUGAGGGCGUGAGUGCUGUCAUAAUAGGUUGUAUCCUGUAGUUAAAGGCAUGGUUGACAAUCGGAGAAGCAGCUGGAAAAAACUGAGCCGUUGAGGCAGAUUUGAGAAAAGCGUCCCCACCCCCCACACACAAACCUCUCCCCUCUGUUCUCCAUGAUAACUACCCCCUGAACCUGUAUCGCCCUCCCCAUGACACAACCCCUCUGGCAGAGCAAGAAGCCUGCCGGCAGAAGAUCCUACGCUAGCUUCAAAUAGGAUUCACCAUGUUGGAUUGCUAGUGACUAGCAGCAGUAAACGCCAGCUCUGCUAGCGAGCACCGUCUGCAGCUGCCUGGACAGCUACCAUGUUGACAUUGCAGAGACUAAUAAGAGUUAUUUUUGUAGCGUGUGAUGUUACGAUGUAUGAUAAAAGGCAAAAAUUACCUGUUCAACAAAAACUCUGUCUUGAUGUUUGUUUUCAGGCUCAAAUCCUGGCAGAGCUCUUUCUCCUGUCAGCUUGCGUUUUCUGUCCACUUUUGGUGGUGGGGAGAGCAGAAGUGUUUUUAUUUUUUGCGUCCUUGUCCAUCAAAGCUCCUGUAGCUAAGCUGAUACGCUACUUUUACCACUCAGAGCUCCGAGGAGGGCCGGGAGAGUGGGAGGGGAUGAGUCGGAACUACGGGAGAGGGGUGUGUCGAAUACAGCGAGGCAAUUGGAUGGAGAGGCGGAGCAGGAGAUUGACCAAUAGGAGUUGUCCAGGACGGAUGGCUCCCAUUGGUCAAUGUUUUUGCAGCCCUGCACCUGCUAGGGUGAACAGAUUUUUUCCAUUCUUUUUUCUCUUCACUUUGCGGAGAUUGCACUUUAGGACCAUGAUCGCCAUAUAAAUGAGGUUCAUAAUGAUUACCAAUCCCUACAAUCGUCAACCAUGACUUUAACUGAGCAUAAACUGGAGUCCAGGGUUGAGGUGGAGGUGAGGUGAAUGCUUUAUAGAGGAGGAGACUGCAAUGUGUCAGUCAGAAAUCUUUUGUCACCACUCUCUUUUCAGGCUAAGUGCUUUUUGUUAUUGCCUGCAUUUGGAUGCUGUGUCAUUUAUUAAGUGUGCUUAUAGGCCUGACUUGUAGUUUCUUUCCCCAUUUGCACAUUUUAACUUGUGUGGCUAUGUGUCAAAAGCUACUGGCAUCCAGAAUGAACUCCCCAAGCAUUUGAAACCCUUGCAAACAAGUCAGUUUUUGUGUUGUUUCUUUGAGUAAGGGAAGACACUGGGGUUUGGCUCGGAUGCACAGGCUGUUGUAAUCUACUUUCACUUGUUGACACAAUCAGGGGAACAAAUGAAAAAUUUGACAUCCUCAUGCUUAUUUUGUUUGAAAAAUAAAAGCUUCACUGAUAGUUCUUCAAAUAUGACUCAACAUGUCACAUCUUAUGUCUUAUUAAAAGGCAACAAUGUUUGAAACAGAAAAAUCUCUGAGGCAAUAAACUGUUACAAAAAAAUAAGCAUUAGACAAGACAGAAUAUAGAUGGAUGAAAGAUGAGAUAUCAAAUCAGCACAUUUGUAGCUUCAAUCGUGCUGCUAUUGCUCUACUAAGAUGUGUUUCAAAGGCAGAAUAUGUAAAGCUCUGAUAAGAGUCAGAUCAGUUUGAUGAGUUCACAAUGCAAGCUUCCCAGAUCUCCCACAGGACCAGUCUGACCAUGAAGCAUGCAUGGUCUGACUGGCCCACUUGUCCUGGUCUGUCUUCCCUAUCCUCUUCACCCAUCUACUGGCAAGUUUCCAUGGAAACAACAGGGAGAGAGAGAGAGAGGGAGAGAGAGAGAGAGAGAGAGAGAGAGAGAGAGAGAGAGAGAGAGAGAGAGAGAGAGAGAUUAAAAGGGAAGUAAAACCAGCAUAAGAAAAAAAAAAAAGAAACAGGAAAACCCCACAGAAUUUAGUCUGCAGUGUGACUCCUGUUAAGAGCUCUUUGUUGUUUCAAAAGGUGAGACAGUAUUUUGUAACCCAAACAGAGACAUAUGAAUUUUAAUAACCUUUAACUACAGUUAAUUACUGCAUGUCAUCUUGCCUGACUUGUUGAGACAGUGGAUAUGAGGCAGAUAAUUCUGGCUCAAUAAUUCACACCGGUAAACUUCUCCCACUCUCACUCUCAGCUUAAUUAAGCCACUGGGAUUCGAGGAAACUGACACCAGGUCUGAACAAUAGGCUCCUCUGUUGGUAAUCCAUACAUGAACUGCUUCAGAUUUAACUCCUGACAUGAGUCAGCUUUAAUGCUCGAUUAAUGAUAGAUUUGAUUGUCUUUAAAAGGCUUAUUUAUUUGUCAUACUGAACUAUGCUGUAUACUCACUAUAUUAGUUGAAGGAUUCUCAUUUGGUAAAGAAUACAUUAAUCAGUCAAAACGGCCAGAUCAAUUUGGGUUUAUGUGGGCUUACAGAAAUCUGACAAAAAGGAACCAUUUUUAGUGUCUAGCUUUAAAUAUUUGGUAUACUGACCUAUAAUUUUGCAGCGCAAGAGCCUUUUAUGAGACCACAUAUAAUUACUUAUAUAAACAAACGGAUCAGUUUGGACUUAAAGAUAUAUUGAAUCACAUUUUAGUAAAUGCAUUACAUCAAACAAAUUGAACUGUAGGAUAGAUUCAGCGCGCACAAUCUCUUCUCAACUGUAAUUUGAAUUAACAUAGUGACCUAAAUAUGCAUGUCUGUAUUUUCCUGCUACCAGAUGUUGCAGAUAGAUUGUGUAUUAUGUGUGUAUCAUGGUUUCUUUAAAUAAAAAUAAAGGAAAAAAUGCCCAAGUAUUCAAACUCCUCUUUGCUGUAUUCCCUUACAAAAAUUGAAAGAUAUUUCAAUACUUCUCUUAUUUGCAUGUUGAUUGUGCAUUACUUGUGCACACAUUGUGUUUUUGUGUGUGUAAAUUUUGUAAGAAGCUGAUGGGAUUUGACAUCAAGUUCCUUGGAGACAUGACUAUCUCUGUGGUUUUAUGGUGCAAAGAGACAUGUGCACAUUAGAUUAUAAAAGAUUUGUACAAUCAUAUGCCUCAAAAGGGAAAUAUCUUAAGGUCGGACAGACAAUGCCAGAGGAGGAGAGGAGAGUAGACUUAGAAACACAAAACACAGAGACUCUGAAGGAGGCUUCUGUCUGAGGGGAUGACCCUCAUUCUGUAGUGCUGGCUGAAAAUGCUUGAGAUCCAUGUGGGACAUGUUGUUGUUGUCACUCAUGAACUCUUAUCUGAACUUGAACUUUUGUAUUUCAAAUGGAAAAUGGAAAUAUUACUCAGACUCGUCAGUGCAGAUGAGUGCUCACUCUUGAAUUUGGUUCUUUCCAAGAUAUCUGCCUGUUUUGAGAUAGUUUUUCAGCAGCCUCUACCAACAAGUGCUCAUUUGUGGGUUCAUUUGGGUGUCUGUAACUGGUUUUACAAAGACUACAGUCUAGACCUGGGUCUUAAGGGGAUAGUCCGGCGUAAAAUUAAAUUAGGGUUAAACACACCGUAACACCAAGUUAGACACCCCGUUGAGAGAUGAACGUUGCCAACCGCUAGUUAUACCAACUAGUCUAGUUAUACCAACUUUAGUAAUGACUGCAAGAUAGCAAUUCAGAUAGCUACACGCUUAACCAAAACACCACUCUAUAGACACAAAUAUUGCUCAGAACAGCACCUAACUUCAUCAACAGUACAAAUAGGGUCCCAGCCAUAGUACUAGCCACCAAACAUCUUUUUAACUUUGCCUGAAUUCUUUAGCAAAGAGACUAAAAACAACUCACCCACUCUCUUCCAGCAGCCGCUUGUAUGUAGUGAGACCUCGGGCCAGUCCAUCAACUGCAGCGGGAUGACGCAGCUCAAGGAAGAACAUUUAUGAUCCUUUCCUCAUGGAAAUGCAAUCAGACCGAGACGCUAAGCCAGAAGAACUACUGCGUCUGCAGUGCAAAAUGAUUAAUAUGAUGAUUAUUACUUCAAGGAAAUGCUUAAGAAAAAAUCAUAAAUGUUCUUCCUUGAGCUGCGCCCCACAUUCAUCUCUCGAUGGAGUGUCUAACUCGGUGUUGCAGUGUGUUUGAACUUAAUUUUACACCACAAUAUCCCUUUAAUAGAAAUGCUAUGAGAAAAAUCUUAUUAUGAUAUGGAGCCAAUAAAUAAAAAAAAACAGUCGAUAGAUUUUGUUGAUUUAUUAUUAUAUUUAUGCUACAUUAUAAAUGGGGGUCUAUGUGUACUUCUCAUCUUUUUUCUUUUAUUCAUAUCAUUUCAGUCAUCAAUAAGCACCAGAGAAAACAUACUCAAUUACUUGUUUUAGAUGUUGAAUAUUUCCAUGGGACAAGUCGGUCCCUGGCAGUCACAAUGUAAGUGAGACAAAGGGACCAUUGUGCUCCAGCUCAAAGGCUUUGACUGAUUUUUUCUCUGUUUGAUCUGCAGGCUGUAAUCUACCAAAACCCUGAAGAAGAGGAGGAAGAGGAUGGCGCUGGUGCUGUAAAUGGCCUCUGUCAGAAUAAAAACACUGGUGCUUUGAGAGCUGGUGCUGCUGCGCCUUACUGUUCUUUUCUUCAGAAACGCAGUCAUCAAAAGCUGAGCGGACGCUGACCAGAAAACAAAGGCGGGGACACUGACCUCGCUCUGCUUGGGGAUAUGUCAUUGGGGAGGUCCCCUGUGUUGGGGGUGCGUCCUGUGCCCCGACCCCUCUGGCUGUCCCACCUCAGCCUGCUGUGUGUAUGUGUAUCUCUCUUUGCCCAAGCUCCCCAGGGUCUGCCAGCGGUGGGUUAUAACACUGACUCCAAGAGGGAGAUCACACUGGACGGAGAUUUGAUGAUUGGUGGUCUGUUCCCUGUGCACCAGAAGGGUGAGGGGGCAGAGGACUGUGGGAAGAUCAAUGCUCAGAGAGGGAUCCAGAGACUGGAGGCCAUGCUGCUGGCGUUAGAUGAAAUCAACAAAGACGAGCGCAUCCUUCCGGGGAUCAGACUGGGGGCUCACAUCCUGGACACUUGCUCUAAAGACACCUAUGCUCUGGAGCAAUCUUUGGAGUUUGUCAGAGCCUCACUCACCAAAGUGGAUGACAGCGAGUAUACAUGUCCUGAUGGCUCCUACGCCAUCCAUGACGACGUCCCUCUGGCCAUUUCGGGGGUCAUAGGUGGCUCCUACAGUGAUGUUUCCAUUCAGGUAAAAGCUCAUCAUAACACAAAAACACAUCCUCCGGCUAGAGAAGAAAUCAUUUUCUAUUUGCUAAUAAAGAUUUUUAUUGUUUUAUGCCAUCAAAUGUGCAGAUGAAAAGCUACAUUUGUUUUGUUAGACAGUGCAAUUACCGUAGUCUUGUUACACUAUCAGCAGCUAUCUGGAGUUUAGACGAAACAGCAAGAAAAAGGACUACAAGCUGGCGUAGGAGUGUGAUUGAUGGUCACAUAAAUGUCCAUUUAAACCUAAGUACCAUGUGCAAUUACCCCUUGCGAGAUGUUAACACGGGGACUUAAUGAGUAUCAGUUCCGCAAGAAGGAUCUGUUUACCUAUACCCCCUUCUGCUUGGCUGAUCUAAUUUAGACCAUCUCCUCCUCUUUCCUGGUAAUUCACACUUCAGCAGCAGACCUGUCAGAGGCAGACGUGCUACAGUUGUUGCGCUCAGGACGGUCUGACAGGAUGACUAGUGACGGCAUGAUUACUCUCAGCAGCAGCAGCCGUGCUCCUUUCGGCUCUCUCAAACUGAUACCAUGAAACCUCAGCUAAUUGUAUCACUGUAUCUUAGCUCUAAUACAGCUGCCACAUCUGUGUAAUUUCAAGUCAUUGUUGUAAAAAGACAGGGUGUCUAGUUGAACUUAGUUUUUGUCCACAAAUAUACAUGCCUCUAAGCAUUAACUUCAAUUCAUCAUCCUGACUGAGUCGGCUGGAGGAGCAUGUCUGCUGCCUCGGGGUGAGGAGUACGGUUCACCUCACUCCAAGACCUGCAUGUCUCAUGUUCCAGAUAGAUGCUUGUUUGAAGACAGGAACACGCUUCUGCUGCCCAUCCCGAGAAAAUAAUUGGCUUAGGAUCAUUGAUAAACCAUAGAUAGUUAAGGAACCCCUGCCAGCGCCAGUGUGUGCUGUAAACAGCUCUCCCCAGAGGGUACUUCAGGACAACAGGCAAACAAUAAAAUAAUCAAAAUGAGAGGCUGCCUCAGUGUAUAAUAUCUGCUGACUUAUAAAUGGUUUCUCAGGAGUGUAUUUAAUUUACUGUCCUUAUUUUGUAGAAAACACAACAGCAAUAUCUCGAUCAUGAAUCAUAUCAUUUCCUUUAUUCCAGUAAGUAAGGGCUUCUGUUAAAAGUACGUGAAGUGUAAUAUUUCUUCAUCACGCUAUGGCUCUGCAAACGUCUUUGUUUUCUGUACUUUGUAGAACAAAUGCUUGGUUUCCUAACUUACACUCCAAAAAUAUAGUACAGUGUGAUGAUACAUUACACAGGUAAAGAGCUCCUGGGAAAUGGGUCCUAUAUCUGGACUCCUGGUGAAAAGGACAGUUUGGAAAUAAAGUGGCUUGAUAAACGAGCUGUAAUUCUCGUGGAACCCUGAAUCUGGGGCUCCUCCGAGAGUGCUCUUGUCUUGGGGUAAUAUAUGGAUGUACUAUUACAAGCCUGGGGUCUGAGGUCUGCCCUAGCUUCUCAGUGAAUCUUCCUUAUCAGGGGAAAAACACCACAGGAUGCUGUUCUUUCUCACCGUGAAUAAACCUUUACAAAGUAUUGCACUUAUGAGGUGUGCAAGAAUUCGCUUUUUCUCUUUGCUGGUUUGCGAGUGUCUAACUCUGGUAGCCAAAUACAGUCACUGUUUUUAGAUAUAUACCUUUUCUCGCAACUUCUUUUUACAACUACAACUACAGCCUACUGAGCAUUUUUUGUUUUUUUUAGAUGUCUAAAUUUAGACCAAGUUUCGACUAAAUCUAAAUCUGGGCUAUAUCUAUACUACACUGUAUAUUACUCAAUGGCUAUCAUAAUUACUUUGAUUAAGUACUUGGAGAUCAGUUAUGCAACUCACAGUUGCUUUUUGAAAUAAUGCUGAGUUUGAGUUACCUCGGAAGUCAGAUGUUGGAGCUGAAAAUGACAUCACACCCAAGUUCCCAGCAUUUUAGUUACCAAGUCGGAAAAAAGCUAAAUCAUAGGCCUCAAACAAGAUGGCUACAUCUAAGAAAGUUAUUAUAGCUCUUGCCUUAUAUUCGAACAAGGCAAGCGCUAAAAUAACUUUCGUAGAUGUAGCCAUCUAUGAAAGUGUGACGUAAUUUUCAGCUCCGAAAUCUGACUUCCGAGGUAACUCAAACGCACCAUAAAUAGUUAAAGCGCAAAGUCUAAAUUCCAUCUAAAAAUAUACAGAAUCUAGACGGUUGAAAUUAGGUCUAAAAAAAAAACAACUAGCAACUAAUAGCCGUCUGUUGCUCAGUUGGUGGGGUUUUGCUGAGUUUUGUUAGAUAUUUAUCUACACCUACAAAGUGUAUUUAGGGCAAAUGUUACCACACAUAGGUUUGCACUGUGUGAUUAUAUGUUUUUUCUGUUCUCUGCAGACACCAUCUCCACAUAGUGUUUCUGUCCCUUUUGUUGCUGCAGGCGUUGUUCAUAAUCUACAGCCAGUCAGACCUUUGAGUGAACCAGUCUGGCUGUGUUAAAGGUUACCCUGCCUGCCCUCAUGUGUAAACCACAGGCUGUAAAGUAAGACAUGCUAUUCACCCCAAAGGGGAGACAGUUACAGGACAACUAGCAAUAUCAGUCCCAAGAUCCUUAUCGCCAUGGCGACACAGAGGAACAUGGGGAACUGACAGGUGGUGAGAACACAGAGUGCUGUCUAAAUCUGUCACAAUGAAGGAGUGUGUUGCUGUGCUGCUGGUGUUGCGGUGUGACAAUCACAGAGAUGUGGGCGGAUCUGGCUGCUGGCCUGGCCAUGCUGGCGUUAUACGGGCGCAGAUUGAGUAGAAGUGUGGAGGCGAAGUUCUGUGACACUCUCGCGGGCUAGGUCCUGCAUCCCCCCAUCUGCGGUUUGCUGCAGGGCUGUCUGGUGGCUUGGCAGAAGCAUCCCUGCACAAAGAGGAUGUGGAGGGAUUGAAUGUGAGAUCAUGAUUCACAGAUACACUGAGACAGUGACAGGUGGAUAUGAUCACAGGGGGUGAAAUAGAUGGAGUGAAUGGCAUGGUGUCUUAUAACGAUGCGACAUUUCCUAAUUUGAAAGCGUCACAGACAGUCAGAGGGAAGUUGUGAUGCCAUCUGGGCAAGAAAUGAACCAACUUGUAGAAAUAUUUAUAGGGAUAGAGUCUUUGACAUAUUUACCUGUGGUUAAUCUUGACAGCAGGUUAUCAUUUAAAGGUGAGUAAUAACCCUGAGAGGACAUGUUAUUCAGCAUGUUCAUUCAUAUGGGAAGGGCUGAGGCGCUGACAAGAUGCGUACUGAGCCUAAGAUAUGGAAAGAUAAUAAUAAUCGAAUAUGCUUGCACCCCAAAUAAUGUUUAAAACAAUACAAGCUAGUGGAUAUUUUUCUGGAUAUUGCAGUUUAAUAGAAGGAUUAUCAACCCUUCUCUCUGAGUCCUAAAGGUGUGGGUUAAUAAGGGAUAUAUUUUACCUCACAUUUUCAUCCCAGGUACAGGCAGCCUUAGGGCUGGCCUCUGAUUAUACACGCAAAGGACUCUCACUUUUGUUACCCUGACAGCAGCCUGUGCUUCUAAAUAUGACUCACUUGGUAAGAGAGCAUCCCUGAGGUAAAAACAUCAGAAUCACCAGGGCGCAUUAGAAAAACAACACCUCUGGAAUGUCGAACACUCAGACGGUCUCAGGCAUGAAACACAGAGGAGCUUUCCAGUAAGAUGUUUCCUACUCGGAUGUCUGUGUUGAGGUAGAAAGUGGUCUUGUUUCAGGGGAUGUGAAGUAAAGUUGAACAGUGUGAUUAUUUCGAUAUUUUUGCACACUGCCCAAGAUUAGUAGAUUUUUCUUCCCAGAGACUAUGAUGCAAGCUGAAAUUAAAGGAUGUAGAUCCUUAUACGAACAUCAGCUUGACAUUUGCAGACUAAACUGUGUGAGCGGCAUAAUAAGGUAAAUGUAUGAGGUUUCAGCGAGCUCAGAUUCCCAUUUUCAUCAUCCAGGAACAACUCUAUUUAUAGAACUUUCUUCAUCUGUAUGGUAGACUGUGCCAGUCUCUGGAGCACACAUGAGUCAUACAAGGAUUUAAACAUGGAUACACACAUGACAGAAUUCAUGCGAGAACAAUAAUGAUGAAACAUAUCAGUAAAGCCAUGCAGGGAAAAUGCAUUAUUCAUGACUAAAACUAAAGAACGUGCUUCACAAAUCAUAAAUAAUUUACACGUGAUUGGAUUAUUCAGUGGCACGGCAGAAUCCACUAUUUGUGCAGUUGAAAUACAUAUUGUGUCCAUCGCACAAACCCUUAAAUUACAAGGUUUUAGGAAGCAGUCACUUGAUGGCUGUCUAAAAUUGGCUUGUAAUUGGAUAUAUAGCUGACUGGGAACUUCAAGAGUUUCUUGCUUGGAGUGAUUAUAAAAAAAACAACAACAAAAAAAAAGACCAUGCACUGAGUUACUGACACUGUAAAUAUGUAAAUGCAUGGAAGUGCAAUCAUAUCUUAACAUGUGCUGCGGUUUGAAUGGUUGCAUGACUGGGGGGCUGCAUUAUAAAGGAGAUUUGUGUUAUCCUGCAGGAUGAGGAGGCAGAAUCUGGUCAAAAAACAUCCCUCCUCUAGGUGUCUCAUAGUUCAUAUUCACACCCUGUUAAAGCUGUUGCCAAGCAACUAAAUCAUAAGAAAUAAACUAAUAAUGAUCUGGCGCAACUAUGCACUCUGCUUGUGUUGUGUGACAAUGUGCAUGGCUGAUUCUUGUGUGUGUUAGUUUGUGUUUAGGAGCGCUGCAGCAGGCCAUAUAUGUGUGAUAUUGAGUGGAGCUAAGGACUGCUGCUCUGGGAAUACAGUGUUAUUGCUGUAGAGUCACAUUGAGACACUCCUAUGGGACUAACAGAUGGGCUUUUCAUGUAAAAAAAAAAAAAAAUCAUGACAUCUCUUCAAAGUAGACCUGAUAUUUCCUGGACCAGGACAUUCUGUCAGUCCAUGUGUGUGUUAUUUGUCUGUUGGCCUGUGUCUGUGUCCCUUCUCACUUUCUUUUUAUUUCUUUCUCUUUAUUACGUCUCCUGUGGUCAACAGUGUAUUAUGCCGAAACAAAUCAAAACAAGUGCAGUGCUGGAAAUGUGCUAGAUGUGCAGCGCUGAAUCUUUAAAGAACACUUUACAGAGAAAAAAAACUAUGAUAAUGCUUAUUUUUUAAUCAAUUUUACAUGUGACUUCUUGCAUUUGUGAAUCUCCAUAAAUCAAAAGAUUGUCCUGGUAAUUUUUUUUAGAUAUAUUAAACCGUUGACUUGUAUCCAAAUUGUGUUCAUGUUUAUGUAGCUUUUACUUUCUGUCAUACAAGUGUAUGUUGAUAUUUUACAUGGGCAGAUGUCUGACUUAUUCGAACUCAUAGCUGGGCCUUCGGGGUAUCUCUAUGGAAACAGAAUACGACAGAGAAAAAGAACAAUCCUGUUACUCGGUGUAGCUGUGUCAAAUGCAGCUACCAGGUCCUGCAUGCUCUCGUUGCUUGGGAGGAAACCAUUUUCGUCUCAGUAAUCGUCUCUGAAACAGAACCUGCUGUGCAAAGCCACUCUGGGCCACUUCUUAAUUCUCUUAAUUAAAUAAGGUACUGUCUGAUCCCAACAGCUGAAAUUGAAACGCUGUAAGCCAUACUGAGGGGCCACAACCUCAGGCAUGUACAGCACGCCUAACAACUGAUACACCCGUGUGAAAGGAUCAUCGCCUAUCAGAUAUAUUGGUCUUUUGAAAACAUAAAUGAGCUAACAUAGACUGUCUUUUUAAAAUUUAGGUCACAUAUCAAAAAGCUAGUUAAGGUUCCUGUACGGGAGACCCAGGAGGUUGUAAGAUUUAAAUCUAGGCCAGACACACUACAGGAGAACCUUUAGUGAAGGGUCUCAACACCUCAGGGAUCAGCUCUCUGUCCAAUUGAGGAAUACUUGCACAUUUUAUAAUGGCCACACUGAUGAAGCUGAGUUGUAUGUCCUUGUCAGAAACUUGGCCUCCCCAGAAAACUGCCUGGCUGAAUUUAGGAUCCGUAUGUCUGAUUGAUUCAGAUUAACCCCAAAUACUCUGUCAACAACAUUAUCUGGCAGAUUAGUCCACUAUUUAUGUUCGUCAAACCCUUUCCUAGAUAGUUAAGCAUUUUGAAAAGAUGUUCAUGUUAAAAAUUGGUCCUGCUUCACUCAAUAGUAAAAUAUUGCUAAAAUAAGGUCGUCUUAUAUGCUGCAGGGUUAGAAUAUAUCCUUCAUGUAUUUAUCUUCUCUAAGUUAAUUUUUCACCUGCUUCAGUCAAUCUGCUUUAAGAAAUUUAAACUGCUCAUCAAAUUAUUUUUAUCACUUUCCAAGCACUCUAGGACUUAGCCUCCGUUUUUAUUUCUGAGCCCCUUAAACACAGCAAAGCUUCUCAGGUUGUCCAACAAGAACCUCCUGGUUAUACCACUCUUGGAGGGUGUUUGCUCUUUUGUUUCACUCCCAGACUAUUUUACUCCCCUCUAAAUCAGCUGAGUCUGUUGUUUAAAAAAAACUCUUAAAGGUCUCCUCUUGAAAUGUCUUUUUAAGUUUAUCUUACACCAUUUGUCUCUAUGGGCUCUAUUUUCAUGCUUCGCCGGAGACGUGGUACAGGCGCAGCGUAAGUCAGGUCCGCUGCGCCGACAAGGCGUUCCCAAGCACAAUUUGGUAUUUUGGUGAGCGGCACAGCUGACAGCAAUGCCACACGAUGGCGACAGAAGGCAGCCCCUCAACAAGUGUCGCUGUAAAUGCUGCAGAGGGCGUCCUUCACACUCUCUUACUCUCUUAUAUGAGCACAGAUGGAUUUGGUGUGUGUAAUGUUGGACCCAGUGGUAAGACAAACACCCUUUCCACAAAUAAAGACACUCACAUAAAGUUGCACAUAUUCAAACCUCGCGUGACAAAGGUGGGUUGUGCGCACAGAUCACAUCAUACAUUCCAAAAAUGGCAUUAAAAUCUGAACCAUCUGUGCGUAAAUGACACAUCACGCUCCGUGGCCUGGCUCUUUCUUUCAUAGAUGUUGGCAUAUAAAAUAAAUUUGGCUCACAAAACUGAAUAUUAUAAUAUUCAGCCGCAGCAGCAGCAGCUGCAGAACAGGGAGAGGACACAGAGACACGUCCAGGUCGAGCUGCGCGAGAAAUAAGAGGAAGAGGAAGAAAGAAAAGGAGGGAGACGAAUUACAUAUCUUGUUCACUUCAUCAUGUGUGUCUAUUUACUAGAUAUUAAAUUAAAUUUAAUGCGGUUUCAGCUGUGUUGAUUUGGUCAGGUUCUGCCAAACGCGCUCAUCAGAUCAGAUAAAGAUCAGAAUAUAUCUAUAUAGAUCUAAAUGUUUGUGCUGACACAGAUUAUUAGUUGUUGUUGAUUAUUUAUUGCACUGAAAUGUGCCUGACACUGUGGAAACCUGUAACCUUGGGUUUAGAGAGCUGCUGCACAGAUUAAACUUACUAUUGUCUGAGAGCACUGAACCUUUCUUAACAAAGACAGGACGAAAAAAAAAAAAGGUCUGCUUCUUUUUCAUGCUACCUUCACCCCAAUCUCUUUUUGUCCUUAAGUAUCUCACUAUUCAGAACUUUGGUUCUCCUUUAAAAAGGGGGUAUUAUGCAUUUUCUUUCAGACUCUGUACUUCUUGAUACUACUUUAAUAGCUUUACAUUAUUUUCAGAUCAAAAAAGCCUUAUGUUUCUCUCUCUGGUGUAUUAAAAUACCAUUAUUUCAGCUUCGGUCUAAAACAAGUUGUAAUAGCUGCUUCCUCUUUGACUUCAUGGUUGGCCAGAACUAACACCUUGCUCAAUUCCAGUUGGGAACACUUAAUUGGAGAGAAUUAUUUGCAUAAGUUUAUUCAUAUUUGGCAGUAUGGCUUUAUUCUGAGAGCUCCCUGUCUUUCCAUGUGUGUAUGUGGAGUGUUAAAGCCUGUGCACACGAUCAGCUGAGCUGUCAAGCUGAUAUUGGCUGGUAUAAAGAUAAGCGGGUGUACUGCAGGGCUGAGCUUGAUUCUGUGACCUGCCUGAACUAACUCCAUGCUCAAUUUUUUAAUCCCAAACAGAAGAAUUUGGUAUUUGUCUUUAAACCUUUCAUUAGGUUUAUAUUAUAAUACGGGAGAUUUAUGGGAGGAUACUUAUACGGGGAGGCGGCGGAAAAGAAGGGUAAAAUAUGGUACUUUCCUAGCCAAAACAGGAUACUUGACAGCAAUACCUUUCAUACAUAGUGCUACAUCGUAUCUGCCUCAUGAUAUGCUCUCUGGACUCACAAUAUGUCACUCACAGGCACUGUAGGAAGAAGGGUCUUGGCUUAGCCAUGUGAACAUCUAUAAUAAUGAUUUCCAAUAAGCCCAUUGUGCAGGUGACAUGUUUGGCACUGUUCUAUGUAACAAGCUAAAGCCACAUGUAAGUGGAUUACUGAACUGGCAAAGCGCUCCCUUCAAUACCCUGCGGGGAAAUUACUCAUUCAAUUCCACAGGCAUAGCCCAAUCUCAGCCAAAUGAAUUUACAACCUUGCGUAUUUUCUUUACAUUUGUAUCUGUGUAGGGAAAAGUUGUACCUAAAUUCACACACAAUCAUCUCCUGAUAAGUCUGUCCCUUGUGUGUGGCUUCAGUCGAGAAAGACUUGAUAUUUAAAAACAGUUCAGAGCAACGACUAAAGAUUCGAAUGUGGUCUGAAAAAAAAUCCCAUCAUAACCUCCAUUUUUUUCCCCUCAGCCUUCCAAACAUCUUUGUGUGAAAACAUGCAUAACGGAGAGCCCAAAGAUAUUAUUCAUAGGGUUUUAUGUGGUAGUCACCUUGUUUAAAACCACACACUGUUCAUUCACCAAACACCAAAAUCCUCAAGCACAUGUAUCAAACUAUAGAUCAUCUACACCUACAGAACUGUUCAGUACAUGUUUCUUCACAUCUAUUAAGAGAAGAGUUUAUUUUACAGAUGUCAUUUAUCAGGGUCAUAUUUCCAUCGAAAAAAACAAGUUUCUGUUGGCAUAGAAAAACAUUUCUCAGUAUCAAGGUCUGAACUCAAAUAGUACUUCCUAAGAGCCACCACUCUUCAGAGUUAUACAGUAGCUUUUAUUCUACAUAUGCUUUAAAUGACUCUUUAGAAAUCAAGAAACUUCUUAGUGUAAGUGAUAUUAACACCAAUGAUAAAAAUCACUGGGUAACUCAUGAUACAAUACAAUUCAUGGCCCAUGAUAAGGAUGAUUUCAUGAGGAUGAAAUCCUAUCAGGAUACUACAAUGAAAUGAUAAUUGUAUCAUGAUAAAUCAUAGUAUCUGAUUAAGUGAAGAAUCCAAAAUGCCCCUAAAGGCAAGCCUUCGAAUAAAAAGAAAGACCUGUUUCAGCGAGUAUCCACUCCUCUGUAGCCUUCAGUCAAAAUUCUGCCAUAUGCACACUCGUGUAAGUCCUAUGCAUCAUAUCAGCAUAUUAACAUAGAGGUAUAAAUUUCUCAAUACCAACAAAUCGGGUAGUAAAUGUGACAAAGGCAGGUGAAUCCAGUAAUUGCAGGUUUGUGCAACCUUCUCUGCAGACAUGAGUCUUUUCUUUUUGUCUAUCAGUGUCUUUUCACUGUCCUGCUGGCUUUUGUCUUUAUGCUGCUGUCGACUUCCUCUUCAGUCAGUUUACUUCUGUUCACAUUACCCUCAGUCCUGUCAAAAGCGCCAAUGUGAGAAGUCCAAGACUAAGUGAUUGACAUUAGUCAGUUGUCCCAUCCCUAUUCCACAUGGUUAUAAUGUUAUAUCAUAAUUUGAUUUAGUAGAUGCUUUGUCCACAGCAACAUACAUCUGAGAGUAAGUCGGACUGUAUGAGAGACAUUUUCAGUCAACAAAAUUGUUUUAUCCAUUUUUCUGAGAGUGUCUGCGAUUAGUUAGAGAUCGGUUUUCUUCAGGGUAGUACUUAUUGAGCAUCUCCGUGUUGGAAAUAAAGUUGUCUAAACUUUGUCAUGUGAAAUAUCUGGACACGUAAGGGUCAAGGGUUGUGCCAGUUCACUCAAAGGUCACAAAACUAAAUCCAUGUAGUGAACUUGACUAAUUAUAAACCAUAUUUCAGAUAUUUUAUUAUGUAAAAUCUUCCAUGUAUUUAUAGGAGAGGACUUUUCAAAGCAGGUCUUGCUUUUGUAGCUUAAAAAAGAACUAAGUUAAAAUGAUUAAUCAGUUAGUGUUUAUGUGUCACUUGCCACUUUAAAUCUUACUCUGAUUACUUUCUAAGAGAACAAGCAUGAGGCUGCCAGCUGUUUCACCACAUGUAGAGAAAGGCUGUCAAGGCAGUUUAAGAAGGGGGGAAAAUUGUAAGUAGAAAUGUGAUUAUUAGCCUGUCUGCAUAAUCAGGGAGUUCUCCAGCUGACCAGAAAAUCUCUGGGGAAACCAACUCUUUGAGCUGACAUCAAAUGCUCACUGAUGUGUUUCGACAACCUAGGUGCUCAUUUUUGUAUUUCAGAUGCUACACAACAGCCAAGUCAUAAAUAGCUCUUCUUUAGAGACAGAGGAUCUGUGAUACAUUCCCUGACAUAUGAGCAGUGAUGCUGGCGUGGUGGUAAUAAAUCAGGUCAAGUCGCUCUUGAUUGUGCUGCUGCAUGUAGAUUUUCUGUGAAACGUUCCCCGAUUUAUUCCAAUAAAUCGAGUGUUCUUAAAGUUACUGCCAUUGGCUCAUUUCAUAUUUAUGCGUUAUAACCUGCCAAAGAACAACAACUGUCCAGCAAUCAAAAUCUCUACAUGCACACCACUCUGGGUUUAUUGUAGUGUUUCAGUGCACUGUUUGCUUUGUUCAGCUGAGAUACAAACUAAUCAAGAAGUAUCUAUGUAUCCCAUUCGACUUCGCAAGUGCGGUUGUCUGUGCUGCUGUAUUUAGUCUGUGUUGGAAGCAAGCAGCAACGUACCGUGGUGAAAUGUCAAGCUAAUGCUGGAGCCUCGUCCAAGGUACAAAUACUGCAAUUCCUUAACUGUCCAUCAGAGGCUGCAACAACCAAGAAACCUGUUAGAAUGCCCCUUUAAAAAAAAAAAAAAAGAUUGAGUCGAGUUUUUUCUCUUUCUUUUUUAUAACACAUUAUUUUUUAUUCUAAUAGCCUCAGCUCAACUUCUCUGAAUGAAUCUGGAUUAAUCAAAAGUUAGGCUGAGCCAUUGCCUUCAUCGUUAGACUUUGAAACAUCUCUCUUUCGAAGUAUUAUAGCUGUCAGACGAUUCGGUCUGUCAUGUAUUUAUACUACACACUCACUGCCUAAAUUAACACUUUGAAUUAUCAAGCGUUUUAUCUGGUUGAGUGCAGCAACAUCCGUCCAAUUUGAUGUAAAUCCAUAAAUAAGACAGCAUUAUGAUUAUAAAGGUAAAACAAAGAAAAUGUAAAUACCUUUCAUAAUAAAUCUAUAACUCUUCAAAGGGAUGAGGAUUUUAAACUUAGUGAGGGCACUGAAUGUCAUUCUUCUCCCUGACAUCCUCAGGAAUGACUCAUUGGCAUUCAAGAUGUUGUGCCACGAGUGUGCCGGUGUGAGUGCCAGCAUUAGACUCAACCAGAUUUAGGUUGGCAUCCUUUUGACAGAUCGGACUCGCUCCCCUUAGGCUUUCACAGAAGUGCCUGAAGCAUCAGCUAGUCAGUAGCUGCUUCUGCACACUGCAUGCAGUGUCACAACACUGACAAAACCUAUUACACAGGAAACACAAAGUUUCAAGAUUCUUUGAUACUCUGACUCCCUUUCUCUUCCAAAUCCCUGCCCUCAACCCCCAAUCUGUCUCUCUCUGUCUUCUUCUCCUUUCUCUUUCAAGCAGAGAGGAAACUUUCUGAAAUUUGUUGCAUUUUUGUAGCAGAGAAUGAGCCAUUCACUUUGACAAAUGAGCCUAGACAUUCGCAUGUCCUGCAUAAAUUUUGGUCAGCACUGAUGACAGCACUGCAGGUUUGAAAAGGUGAGGUAGUCAGGCAUUCCCAUAACUGUGGAAUUUGGCAUUUCACCAGUCAGUCAGCUGGAGAGUUAAGUUGUGAAAGGCCCCAGCAGGGAUCCAGUGAGGAGAUGAGACUGAAUGGGGUGAGACUAAUUGCAUCUGCAGGGGAAUAGCUAUGUUGUGUAGACGGAGUAAUUCAAGUGAUUUUUCAGUCAUUCAUACAGUUGACAGGAAUAUGUUUUCUGUCUGAAGUGUAACAAGUUAAUCAUCAGUUUCCCAAAAACUGUUUCAAAACAGAGUGUUACAUAAGGCUCACAAUACCCCGAAUAGAGGCUCAUUCUUUGUCUGUGAUGACUAUUUAAAGUAACAAACAAUAUGAUAGUUGGGUCUUUUAUUUAUUUCAGGUGGCCAACCUGCUACGACUCUUCCAAAUCCCUCAGAUCAGCUAUGCUUCUACCAGUGCCAAGCUCAGCGACAAGACCCGUUAUGAUUACUUCGCCCGCACUGUGCCCCCUGACUUCUACCAGGCAAAGGCCAUGGCAGAGAUCCUGCGCUACUUCAACUGGACAUAUGUAUCGACAGUGGCAUCGGAAGGAGACUACGGUGAAACUGGUAUUGAUGCCUUCCAGCAGGAGGCCCGGGCCCGUCAGAUCUGCAUCGCCACUUCAGCCAAGGUCAGCCGCUCCAUGAGCCGCUGGAGUUAUGAGAACGUGAUUCGCUCGCUGCAGCAGAAGUCCAACGCCAAGGUGGUCAUCCUGUUUACGCGCAGUGAGGAUGCCCGUGAGCUGCUGGUGGCAGCUAACCGCAUGAAUGUCACCUUCACAUGGGUGGCCAGUGAUGGGUGGGGGGCCCAGGAGAGUGUGGUGAGAGGCAGUGAAGCUGUGGCAGAUGGGGCGUUCACCAUUGAACUAGCCUCCUAUCAGAUCCCUCAGUUUAAUGACUACUUUACUGCCCUGCACCCGUACAACAACACCAGAAAUCCCUGGUUUAGGGAAUUUUGGGAGAACCAGUUCCAGUGCAACCUCCAUGAUCUGGGCUGUGGAAAGCACUCUCUCCGUGACGUUCCGUUUCAGCCAGAAUCCAAGAUCAUGUUUGUGGUGAAUGCUGUCUAUGCAAUAGCUGCUGCUUUACACAACAUGAGGCAAGCCUUAUGCCCCAACUCCACCAAGGUUUGUGAGGCUCUUAAACCUGGCAAUGGCAGGAAGUUUUACAGGGACUACAUACUCAAGGUCAAGUUUGAGGGUGAGUAAAAUAAUGACCAAAUAUCUAACAGUGUUGUACUCCUGAUUUCAUCAUAAAAGCCACUUUUUUUCAUUGCUGUCAUCUGUUUUUUGACUUCCUGAAUAUAAUUCCAUUUAAUUUCCCCGAGUGCACUCUGAACAAACUCUUUGCUGCUAAAUUGAGUUGUAUCAAUUUAGAUUCAUUGUGCCAAUUCAUAUAAAAUGUUGAAUUAGAGCUGAAGCGGUUUUACAUGUUUAUACACUGCAGCUGCAGAUGCACUCUGUAAUGAUCCAAUUUGCAAAGAUGAAACUAUAAGCUUACCUGAAUGCGUUGAUGCUUAUUUCUUAUGCAGUUUGAUUUUGGUCUGAAUAAAGAGGGUGUUCUGCAGUUUCUAUGCUGAUCAUGCAAACAUUACACUCUGUAUUGUAUUAUCCUUUGAUUUAUGGAAAUGCUGACAUUUCCAUGAUGGGGGGGGAGACCAGCGUGCUCUUCACAGCUGGGCUUUUUGAUCUUUAUAAUAAAAAAAUAAUCACCAAUAAAAUAUUACCAAUGAGAAUUGAGAAAUUAAAAGUCAUGACUGAGGUAAUUCCACACAUCUGCACUGCAACCCACUGAAGAGUAAAUAUGUAAAAUAUAUAACCACAUAUGCAUUUUUUAUUUUGUUAUAUUCCAAGGAAUACUGAUGGUAAAAUAGAAGAAAAAACAUACUAGCUGUUAAAAAAAUCAUUAUUCAAAAUAGUAUUGAGUAAUCGUCUUUUAACUGUUAUUUUUUAAAAGAAAAGUGUACAUAGUGUUAAAUUGUGUGCUACUAGGAGGCUGAGGCUCUUUUUCAAGUGUUGUAUCUAAAAAUUUCCAAUAUAAGUAACAGAUCAACAUAUUUAACAGAUCUAAACUAAAGUUUCCAUUGUGUAAAUUGACAACUUGAACCUGAGUCUGGUCACUGUUUGGUCAACACUGCCAGAAAAAUAAAUUAAACAAAUAAUAAGCAGAGGUUAAUAAGACUAUGAAACAAGAAAAAAAAAACAUUCUCCCACAGUUUAAAUAACCGUUAUAAUACUUUUUUCUUUUCUUUUACUUUUAGCACCUUUUCGUCCACCAGACACAGAGAAUGUAGUCCGCUUUGAUGCCUUCGGGGACAGCCUCGGCCGUUACAACAUCUUCCACUAUCACAAAGAAGAUGGACGCUAUGUCUACCGUAAGGUCGGCUACUGGGCUCAAAGUCUGACGCUGAACACCAGCCUGAUCCCCUGGGCUGGUCACAUCGCACCAACCUCACAGUGUAGUGAUCCCUGCAGGAAGAAUGAGGUGAAGAGUAUGCAGCCUGGAGAUGUGUGCUGCUGGAUCUGUAUACCCUGUCAACCAUACCAGUACCUGCAGGAUGAGUUCACCUGUGCUGACUGCAGCUUUGGACAGUGGCCUCUAGCUAAUCUGACAGGCUGUUACGAUCUGCCUGAGGAGUACAUUCGCUGGGAAGAUGCUUGGGCCAUCGGACCUGUCACCAUAUCCUGUCUUGGGAUGAUGUGUACACUCUUCGUCAUCGGUCUUUUCCUUAAACAUAAUGAAACGCCUGUGGUGAAGGCCAGUGGACGAGAACUCUCCUACAUUCUGCUCCUGGGAGUAUUGAUGUGUUAUAGCAUGACCUUCAUCUACAUAGCCAAACCAUCAACCGCAGUUUGUACGCUGCGCCGGCUGGGUUUAGGCACUUCUUUCGCUGUGUGCUACUCAGCCCUCCUGACCAAAACCAAUCGCAUUGCCCGAAUCUUCAGUGGGGUAAAAGAUGGAGCCCAACGGCCACGAUUCAUCAGCCCAGCCUCCCAGGUCGCCAUCUGUGGUGCUCUGAUUUCCUGCCAGCUGGUUGUGGUUGUGGUGUGGCUGCUGGUGGAGGCCCCUGGAGUGAGGAAGGAAGUGAGCCCUGAGAAAAGAGACGUGGUCACCCUCAAGUGUAAUAGCAAGGACUCCAGCAUGCUCAUGUCGCUCACCUACAACUGCAUCCUCAUUAUCCUCUGCACAGUCUAUGCCUUCAAGACCCGAAAAUGCCCUGAGAACUUCAAUGAGGCCAAGUUCAUCGGGUUCACCAUGUACACCACCUGCAUCAUCUGGCUGGCUUUCCAGCCUAUUUUCUACGUUACUGCCAGUGACUACAGGGUGAGUAAACUUACAAAGUUACACUACAGCUUUCCUCUUUCAGUACAUGCUUUAGAAAAGUCUGUUUUUUUCUUUAUCAUGUGUUCAAAUUGCUCUACGUUUGCUAUCUGAGCAGAAUAAAUCUUAAUUGAUAACCACUUCUGAGGCUGGAUUUUACAUGCAUUAAAUCUCUAUCUUAUGCCAGAUAACAUUGAACCUUAUGUCAGUUGAAUUGUUGUUGCCUGUGGCUCUUAAGAAUGUAUAUAUAUGACUGCACUGCUGUAAUUCCUCAUAAUUAUCUAAAGGCUUACGAUCAUUAGGUGCCUCCUAAGACCAAAACUUCUAAAGCCUUACCUUCCCUUUUAAUAUUAAAUAGUAAUAAGACUGUAUAAUAUGAACGUUUAAGAAAUCCAGGCCAAAUCCAAACUGUUUUUUUAUUUAUUUUUUUAUUUUCUUUUAUUGAGGUUUUCGUUGAAAAUAUUUCACAAAACUGUCAGGGUUUGUCAAAAUAACAAAUGGCAUUGUCUUAAGGCACACUAUCUGCUUUCUAUUUCCUCUUCAUAGUAUGGCAAGAGGUAUUUCAAUACUAAUACAAACAACAGAUCCGCAUUUCCAAAAAAAGGAAAAAAACAAACAAACAAAAAAAAAAAAAACAAGGGUAAACCUGUGUCAGCUCACUCAGAAACUGAACUUUCACCUGUACUUUUGAGUAAUCAAAAAUAUGGCUGACAGGUGGUAAGAUAUGUAAAUGGUUAAUUGAUGGAUGGAUAGGUAAAACUGUAAGCAAUUAGUGCAGUAUAGUUAACAAAGACAUAUACUGAUAAGAUUAGUUAGGAACAAUAUCAAGUGAGCAGGUUAUUAUGCAAAUGAGCAAGACCCCAGCAAGAGGUGGAAAGGUUUGGAGCUCUGGUAUGUUCUUAUCAGUCUUCUUUGAGCCUGAUUUACAUUGAACAUUUCAUUUUUAUUCACAAUAAAAUAUAAACAUUCAUGUCUCUUGAUUGCAUUGGAAACUGAUGAAUUAAAUGACCAGAGCACAUGAUAAAGGUCCGUUUAUUGACCUAUUUUUCUCCUUUGACCAGUGCUUCAACACUGCCAAAGGUCAUGCCCUAUUUAACACCAUAUGCUGCUUCUGUGCUGUUCUCCUCCUUUCUUCUUGUUUUCUUGACUAGUGAUUGGUCAGCUAUUAACCACAAACCUGAAGAUGUGCGUUCCACGAAUAGAUAUCCUUAAAAAAAUAUCCUUCAUAUCGUUUACCCGUGCAAUUGAAAAAAUAACGUUUUUGCCACAGUGUCAACAGGCAGAGGUAAACAUGCCAGAUUCCCCCCUGUACAUUGGUUUCAUGUGUGCAUAAUCAAGUUGUUCCUAGCAUCAGUUUUGUCAUUGAGAGUUUGAACAAUCACAGCCAACCUAGCCAUAAAUGAUGUUUAAGUUCUACCCUGAUAAUCUGUAGGGAUUUGGUAAACUUUAGAGAAAGGCUGUCUGAAGCUUUUGGGUUAUAUUUAGGAUUUGAGUGGUAAGAAAAGUGAGAGAGAGAGAAAGAGGUAUCUUCUAACACAGCUGCCUCUGCAGAAACACCGAGAAGGCUAGCAUGACCAUGAAGGCUUAAAAAGGAACUGAACGUCCCAGCUCGUCCCUGUGCGUCCCUGAGCACCACUGUGUCUCCCUGUGUUGAAUGGACCGUGAUUCACUGGGAUACAGAGUCCCAGCUGUGCCCUCCGUCCUGGGACUUCAGUGAAGCCCAGAGGAACUCUUCUUCCAAGCCCCUCAGGCAACAUGAGCAAUUCACAGCCAGAACGGACCUAUCAGAUAGACACAAAACUCCCCUUUGACCCAUGAAUAAUUACUAGAGCAACUGAGUUGGCACGUUGUUUCUAGUUUUUCACUCGCAGGGACAUAUAACUUGUGUUCCCUUAGAUUUUACACUGCUCCUUAAAUUGUUGUCACAGCCAGAAACAAAUCUCCAGCUGAAUAGAAGAUACAGAUUCGAUGGUGGUCUGUCAUAAAAUGUUAACUCUGACCAAAUACAGUCUAGUGAGCCAUGAAUAACACAUUUCAUUAUCAUAUGAAAUAUUAAAGAUAUUCCCUGAACCCUGAGGGAACAGGCUCUCCUCACAUGCCAAUGCUGGUCAUCUCCUCGAAGAAGCAAACAAAGCUGAUUAAACAGCUGCUGCACUCAAAAGUCUCAGCAGUCCUGUGAAAACACCAAAGACUGCAGACAGUCUCCUCAAAACCAUUUUACUACAGCAUAUCCUGUUGUUGUUUUUUUACUAGGGUAGGCGCAAGAGUAAUUUUACUCCGAAGUCACAUUUGGAGUAAGACGCAAAAAUGUCAUACUGAUGUAAUCCAGGUUUUAAAAUCGAAGAAAUCUGGCAAAUUAUAAUCCUUUUGCCACUGCUGUCUGAUUAGCCACUUAAAAAAAUCUGAAGUUUUAGAGACAUCAUUACAAAUUUCAAUAUUUGAUAACCCUUUAACUACCAUUAAACAACAGUUAAUACUUUCAUUCAACAAUGACCUGGCUAAAACUGCAGUUUGAUAGAGUUACAAUAAGAAAGUUAUGAAGUAAUUCUGAAAUAUAAACACAUUUUUUGAAAGACAUUUAAAAAGACUUUGAAAAAAAAUUGCCACAAUCUUUCAGAUCAUGAUAGUAAUAAAAGUGGUUUUACACUAACAAUGCUGUUGUCUAACAAACAUAUGCAUAACAAAUAUGUUAUGCAUAUAUCCCUCUGUUCAACAACCACCCACUGCAUUGUUAGUUGUAGAAAAAUUGAGAAAUACAAUGAAAAUAAUCUGACAGGUUCCCAAACUGUGUACAUUUUGUAAAACUGAAGACACCAGUAAAAAGUUAUUACAAAAUUUGAACUUCCAACCCUGACAAUGAUGCUGGAGGAAAAUGAAUACUGGAUGAUAUUUGUGAAUAAAUAGCGCUAAAGCCCACCCAAGACUCAGCACAGUUGAAAGUUAAACCAGGAAGUGCCACUCCUCAGAGCUCAGCAUGACUUGAAGGACGUGUUCAGACAUAAACCUGCCAAGGACAAUAAGUAGAAGAAUCACAGUAGCCUACUGUAGAUCAGGUGUUAGAAAACAGUACGGACUAGGUACAAGCUACAGCUACGACAGGUAUGCUGAAUAUGAGCAACAACUCGUGCUUGACUACCUAAUAUAUUAAAUUACAGUAGAGUGGGUUAAAUGGAGGGGGGAAGCACAAUUCCCUUGUAAAACCUAAAAACCUCCCACAGUUGUCUUCAUCAAUAAAGUACUUGAGUAUUUUGUCAACUCUGUCUUUCAGCCAGCCUACCAAGAGUGGGCUGUGGCUGGUUGCAGUAAAGCUUUUCAAUAAACCUGCAGCACAAAACCCAAUACAAUGAGGAAUCUCACCACAUCAAUGCUGGGCUAUCCGAAGAAAUAAAGCUACCUAAACUGUCUGUAUCUGAAUCAACAGUGCUGUAUUUAUCCAACAAAUCAUACUUUCAAAUCCAAAUAUAGAAAAAAAAAACGUAAAGGGAAAAAGGACGGACCAAAGUAGUGAUGCGCUACAUCCUGUUCUCCUCAGUUGAGCACAAGACAUCUGGACAUUAUAUAUUACUGCAGGUUCUUUGUCCUCUGCUCUUCCGCAGUAACAACUUUUCAAUUAUUAAAACCACUUAACAGGUCAUUUCUAUGCAUUACUGUCCUCAAUUUUAUUCAAAACUACUGUAUUUCUGCAGUAGGACAUUUAGCCUCUGUGAGCCCAGUACUGCAAAGAUGAUAAUAAGCCUGUAUGUUCCUACACCCCUUUUUCCAACCAUACAAGGUUGACGUUUAUUGAUCAGUUUUAUGGUUCGAACCAGGACCUAAGCAUUUCAGUUUUUUCUCCUGAAUUUCAGAAGUGGCAUUGGGUGAAUAUAAAUGUUGUGGAAACCUAGAAUACAUCUCGAAAUCUAGAAACGUAUUCGCUGAAGUAGUUGUUUCACAACUUUAAAGGAAAAUUGAAAUUCUGAUGAACCAGCUGGUCUCAAACUAAGAGAAAAUACAGAAUACAGACAAGAUAUGCGUUCACAGAUUCUGCCUCUAUUUAGUUUUAAAUUUGUUUUGCUGAGUUCGGCUGAUGUUGGCAGAGCUGGCAUCAGUAGCUCUUAACACACAAUUUUAUGACCAGAAUUAAUCUGACCAGUAACUUUGAUGCCGACGAGUGAGGGUCACACAUUACUGAUUGCUAGAACCAAGUGCUUAAAUCCUGCAGUGUCAUAAAAUCAUAAAAUAUUUUGGUGCCACAAAAAACCAGGAGUCCUAUUCUAUAUGACGUUAAAAAAAAUUAGGUUGUGUUUGGUUUAAAAAAAAAAAAGUGUAGUCCCCGACAUUUAAAAUGAACCCAUUUUAGACCAUUUUAAGAUUAAAUGUAUUCAUAUCGUCAGAAUCUCACACUUACCUACUAAGUUGCUUUACUAAGCUGUUACAAAUUUAUUCAGUAGGUAAGCAGGUUUUAUUCCAGGUUUUGUAGCAUUACACAACUUUUUCUUUAGUUUAAAGGGAUAUUCUGGCGUAAAAUUAAUUUAGGGUCAAACACACCGUAACACUAAUUCAGAAACCCCCCUCGAGAGAUGGAUGUUGCCGACCGGUUGCUUCUCUAGUUUUACCAACUUUAGUAACGACCGCAGGAUAGCAAUACACAGCGGUCUGAGGAGCCAUAAACAAACCUCAACCAAAACACCACUCUAUAGCCACAAAUAAUGCUCAGAACAGCACCUAACUUCAUCAACAGUACAUAUAGGGUCCCAGCCAUAGUACUAGCCACCAAACAUCUUUUAGACUUUGACUAAUUUCUUUAGCAAAGAGACUAAACACAACUCACCUACUCUCUCUUCCAGCAGCUGCUUGUUUGAAGCAAGAUCUCGGGCCAGUCCACUACAGACUAUAGCGGGAUGAUGCAGCUCAAGGAAGAACAUUUAUGAUAAUUUCUUUAUCAUUUCCUUGAAGUAAUAAUCACCAUAUUAAUCAUUUUGCACUGCAGACGCGGUAGUUCUUCUGCCUUAGUGUCUCGGUCUGAUUGUAUUUCCAUGAAGAAAUGAUCAUAAAUCAGAAAACGCCGGGACAUCCCUUUAAUGUCCUUGCCCCAGCUAUGUUGUAACCUGGCAUCAAGUUUAUUUUGCACAUAACUUCAUCUAAUGCUAUAUUGUGUGAUUACUUUCACUCAAAUUAUUUUGGUUGGUUGGUGAGACACUUUUUAUAUUAUGCAAGUGCUACUAUUCCAAGUUUCUAGAGGAUUUGAUAUUAUAUCAACAUUUUGGAUCUAAGAGCACCUGUCUAUAUUUGCAAUACAAUCACUAAAUAAUGUAACCAACAGUUACAUUUCUAGUUUAUGUACUUGAUGUUGUUAAUUUGAUAUAUCAUGUUUCAAUUGUCUGUUUGUUAUCUUUAUUGCAGGACAGUGUGAACAGCCCAAUACUGUGUGCCCACAUUACUUAAAUGCCAACAUUAGCAUUCAGAGUGAUAACAGACACCUACUGUGCCUUGUGAAAAUGGGAUGCACCUGACACACACCACACGAUGCUGUGCUGUAUUCUGUUAUAGUGGGAAAACAAGAAAGAAAUCAGAAGGGAGGAAAUGGGAAAUAAAAGAGCAGGCAAAUGACACACAGCAAGAUGUGGGCAGAGUGAGAAGGGAAGGAGCAGGGUUAAGCAGUUGAUUGACAAGAAAAUAAACACUUCACUUAACACCUCUCCCUUACAGUCCCAGCUACCUCCUCCCUCCUCUGUUGCACCUGGUUUUGAUUUUGAUUUAUGAAACAUGUAUUAAUUAUUUAUUUCCUGACAUCAAAAGUGUACUCAACCAACCCUGAUUCUUAUGCUUGGGUGAUUUCACACUAACAGAGUUAAUUUAAUACCUGGCAGUUUAUUCUGAGCCAUAUUAGCUCUAAAAAAUGAACGAAAAUUACUUUUGGUAAAGGUAUGAUAUUCAGAAGGGCACUUAUGAAAACGGUAAACUUAUUAUCUUGCAAUUUUAUUUAUUUAUUUAUUUAUUUUUACAAGUAAUAUAAAUCAUUUCACAAUUAAGAAAAGCAAAGUAAUUCCAUUAAUCAUCAUUGAUUGAAUCCUAAAAUGUAAGCAAAUGUUACACUAAGAGCUUGAAACCAGACUUUAUCUGAGUUAGUCACUCUUUAGUUCAUUGAGAAUCUAUUUCUCACCUCUUGCUUCUCCUCCAGGUGCAAACCACCACCAUGUGUAUCUCUGUCAGUCUAAGUGGGUCGGUGGUGUUGGGCUGCCUCUUCGCUCCCAAAGUCCACAUCAUCCUGUUUCAGCCACAGAAGAAUGUGUGCAACCUCAGAGUGAACACCACUCGCUUCAGCGUCACCACAGGCCCAGGCUCCAGUUUUUCUCAAGGUAACACCUGGUAUACACAAUUGUUUUAGAUUACGCUCAUUCCUAAAAUCAAUACAAUGUUCAUUACAUAAUUGAAAUACAAUAAGACCACAUUUGAAAUAUCAUGCAUGAGUCACUUCAGGUGAAUCUGUGCUGUUGGCAGUGUAUUGUCUCAUUGAAAAGGAAAACCAAUAUGCCAUAAGUAGAAUUCUAUUGUUUGUGCCCCCACAACAACUUUUUCUGUGUGUUUUGCAGCAUCAGCCUCCAAUGUUGUUCCAACAGUGUGUAACGGACGAGAGGUGGUGGACUCGACAACAUCCUCCUUGUAAAGAUUAGCUGAGUUCCUUUGCCAAGCAUUGUAACCAGAGUUAUAUAACCACUAGUCAUGAAUCAGAUGUCUCAGAUAUUAAAGAGGUCACACAGACGAUCGUCCUGACUUUGUUGUCCUCAAAGUGCUGUGAUUACAAUGUCCCAAUUAUUUGAUUUUGUUCUUUGGCUCGUAGCGAUUUUAAAUGAGAUGCCGAUCAAUUCUUAUAUAGCCCUUGUUUUUAUUGAAGAUUCUACUUGCAACAAUGGAGUAAAUUAUAGUAAAUCUGUUAUAUGUAAUAUAUACAAGACGUUUUUAAUGUAGAUUUUGGUGAACCAGUUUGUGCUCUCUUGUAAUUUAUGUAAAUAAAAUGUGUUUUCUAUUAAUACUAAGAUGA